ACAGCUACACAUCAAUUUCAGGUAAAAUGGAUCCCUUUAGAGAACUUAGAGAGCUACGAGGUAACCAGGGCCAAGAGGGAGAAGAGGAGGGGGUUUUAUCCGUAGAGCCUAUCGCAAUGAUAGUGCCGUCGGCGCUGCAGGACUUGCCGGAAACGUUAACGCCUGAGAGCAGCACCAGUUCGAGCGCUAGGGGCAACGGUGGCAACCACCACACUUCAUCGUCCAGCAGCUCGUCCUCUAGAGAGACGCCCCGCCGCGAAGAAAGGACGAGAAAUGUGGUUGGCAAUGUCUCAGAUCUACCAGUGGUUGGGGAGUGGGAAAGUAGGGCGAUCACGGGUAGAUUGAGCAAUCUACAUAAGGCACCCAAGGAACUGCCCGUUGGAUUUAGAUUCAAAGUGGUGCUUCAUCACGAAGUAGCAGAUAGUGCGCCCUCAAUAAGUGGGUAUAGGAAACUAGAGGAUAUGGUGAGGGCGUACCACAUCCCCAGGACGAUAUUGCUGCAAACUAGCGCGCAGAAUGAGAAGGCAUGCACGGUGUCACAGACGGGCUGGAUACUAGUGUAUAUGGAUCACUUUGACGCUGGUCUACGAUUUCCCCUGCCCGGGCUAGUAUUCGACCUGCUGGCGGAUUACGAGCUGGCUCUGACGCAGCUGACGCCCAACAACAUAAGAGGCGCAAAGUGGUAUUACCUCUCCGAGAGAGAGAAGAGCCAACUGUUCAAGAAUGUCAGGAACAAAGUAACGAGGUGGAAGAGGCAAUUCAUCUUUGUUCGCGAUACGCGAACAGAGAGAAUAAGCAACAACCUCGCUGCUCCGCUAUCUGGGUGGCGUGUGCCGAAUGCACACGUCAAUUACCCUCAACUGCUGCCACGGGACACUGAUUUCAAGAGUCAGCUGCUGGAACAUGCGAGGAGGGAGCAUUUGAUAGAUCUGGAAGCCCUGGUUACCUCGGAGCAGCUCACCGUGUUCGGGUUUGUUGACGUGGCAAACCUGUUCACCGAAGGAGAAAUGAACAGCAUACUGGAACGCCAGCGCCAGCGCGCCCAGGGUUCCCAAGGCCGCGCGUCGGGCAGCGCGCCACAAAGACAGACACGGUUUGACGAGCAGUCGCCCCCAGCGCCACAAUCACGCAACUCGUCACACCGUGGAUCGAGCUCAGCGUCCAGGCCUCGCGCCAACCAGCGGGUUGAAACUGCAGCCCCCAAUGCACGCAGGCGUGCACAUGAGGAGACUGACAGUGAAGAUGAGGUCCCCCUCAUGCGACGCAGAACAAGUGGGGGGACCCAGCCCGCGCAGGCAACUCAACCUGCGGCCACGCGCUCAUCAAACGCGCCAUCAGCCACGGUGCGGGCAGCAGCGGAGCCCGCAUCUGCGUCGGCCUCAGUGUCGGCGCCUAGGAUCGCGUAUCUAGAUGGCUUCAGCUACGUGAAGCCUGACCACCAGCCCGCCAUGGUGCAAGGCAUGCAAAGCUUUGUGCCUCCCGUGGAUCGUCAGCGGGCAAGGACGUUUGUGCAGCAGCAUGGCGGGCAGGUCGCCAUGGUCAAGCUGAUGGAUGCGUUCAGCUAUGCGGUGGCGCUGUUCGAGAGCGAGCAAGCAGCUCGCUCACAGAAUAACGAGCUCAGCGCCAACUGCAAACAGCUAGCCGCAGAAAAGGCUAGCCUUGCGGAUGAUGUCAAUCGUCUGCAAGGCUCGGAGAUGGCCAAUCGAGCUGCUGCAGCGGAGAGCCGAGUAGACGAGCUCGCGAAUAGAAAUAAUGAGCUCAGGGAGGAGAUGGAGCGAGCCCGUGCAGAAAAAGAAAGCGGGAUCCAGGCGGCAAAAAACCUUAAUGAAGCUAAGGAGGCCCUGAACACGCUGAAGGCAUCACACGGGCGCUCCAUAAGCAUCGCCCGAGCUCAGGGGGCAGAAUGGCUAGUAGGGUCGGCCGCGUUCCAAGACGCUGUGGCGGUGGCGUCUGCAAACGUGACCACGGAGAUCUACAACGAGAUCUGUGGAAAGGUGCUGCAACACCGCCCAGAUUUCCCCAUACGCAAGCUGGUGUUUUUUGACGAGGAGGAGCUCGACGAGCAGGGUAAGAGCCUUGCUCCCCUCGCUGAUACCACAGUGCGGCUGAGGUGGGACCUCAAUGAGGAGGGAGUAGCCGUUUGGCCUCCCUCAGUCUUAGAGGAGGGGGAGGAUCCAAUGGGGCUGCCCUCCUUUGACGGAUGGGUGGAAGGGGCUCAGGUGGUUGAACAGGAGCCAUCGAGCACUCCUCCCAACUCUUAGCCCGCCGUGGUGCCGGCCAGGUCACCCGUCAAUGCACCAGCUCCCAAGCCCACAGCCCGGUCUUCUCCAGCCCGCUCCACUCCUCCCGCUGUUGCAGAUGCGUCUAUGCCCGUCGACCUGACGGAUGAUUAGAUUUAGGAUUUUUUCUUUUUGAUCUUUUGUAUUUUUUGUUUCUUUCCGCAAACAACUGUAUCCCAAUCUCUCGUACUGAAACUUGUAAUUUUUUUUUUUUGAAAAGAAAUACAAAAUUGGAGAUUAU